UAUCGUCAUACAUUACAUACUAACAAGGUAACCAUCUUCUUCUUCCCAUAGGGAAGAAACUCUACUCUCCUCUACUCUCUCAAAUUUGAUUGGAAGAUAUGAUCAUCACUAUCUAACAGGAUGAACAUCUGUGAAAAUUAUUACUGUUCUUCUCAAAAUCACGACGGGUUUUGUCCCAUGAAAUGCAUCAUCUUAUGCAAUCCACCCUGUCGCUAUCCUUAUUCAUCUGACGAAAUCCCACCUCCGCCCCCGCCACCACCCAUCUCAAUCCCUUCAGGUUCCAAUCAUCAAUACCCAAACACUCCCCAGCUCAUUGUCAUCGCCCCCUUGGUCUUAUUUGCUGCAGCUUUAUUCUUCUUCUCCUCUCUCAACAUCUACAGAUACUAUAGGAACACCCAGAACCCAUCACCAACCACCACCUGGCCGUACAAUCAUAGAGAAACCCACCUGCAUCACAAUCAUGAUCAUCAUCAUCAUGGCGGCGAGUUGAGCCUAGAAGAAGAAGAAGAAGAAGAGCAGAGUAGCCCCGUUCUUGAUCAUCCCAUCUGGUACAUAAGGACGACAGGGCUUUUGCCGUCUGUUAUAAAUGGAAUUGAAGUUUUGAAAUUCAGGAAAGAAUUAGAUGUACAAGGAAAGAAUUGCUCUGUUUGUCUGAAUGAAUUUGAAGAAGACCAACUCUUACGGAUUCUCCCAAAAUGCAGUCACGCCUUUCAUAUUCCAUGUAUUGACACUUGGCUCACUUCCCACACCAUGUGCCCCAAUUGCCGGGCCUUGAUCGUAUCCCCCGCCCCUCCACUGCUGCCAUCGCCUCCUCCCGCCCGCUGCCCAAAUUCCGGUGGCCCAGGCGGAGUUGAAUCUCAGGAGAGAUUAUUGUGA